AUGGCUUUGUAUACCGAGAACAAACCUUUGUUGUGCAAGGUAUUACCCUCAUCCUUUAGGAAAAUCCCGUCAGAUUGGUUUUACAAAUUGGCGAAAGGAACUGUGAAAAGUUGGAAAGGCCUGGCCGAAAUGUUCAUGGCUAGGUUUGUUACAAACAAGCUACAGCCAUUGAGGGUAGACUCUCUGCUGGCUUUAAAGAUUGACGAGGAUGAGAGCUUGAGGGCUUAUGCCAAACGGUAUCACGAGGUGUUCAGCCGGAUACCCGCAUGUAACCAGGAGAUGGUAGUUGUUUCAUUUAAAAACGGCCUGGAGGAUGAAUGCCCACUUCGAAAGUCACUAGCGAAAACUCUACCAAAGAGUAUGGAAGAGCUCAUGGCACGAAUAAAAAAAUAUGUCAGGGCAGAGGAGGACACACCAGGAAUAAAAGUGUUUAAGCGGGAGAAAGGAAAUGACUCACCGAAACGAGCCCGAGGUAAUACCAUAGUUAACAGACAGAAGGUCGAACUAAGGGCUGCACAAGCAGUUACUACCGUAUUCAAGAUCCCGGUCCAUAAGGCCCUGGAGAGGAUUAGAAACCAACCAUAUUACAGAGCACCAGAAAGUUCACGGCGAGUUUAUGGGAAGAAGCAUUGGGAAGCACUACGCUUACCACAACGCGAAUGGGCAUUAUACACAGGGAUGCAGGGCCCUGAGAACCUACUUUGA